AUGGCUGAUAAAGAGCAAAUAACAAUGCCUAAUUUAAAUUUUACAUUUCAAAAUAUGUAGAAUAUUAAAUUUAGCGAACAUUUGACUCUAUAAAAACACAGAUCCAUGGAAUAAUUAUUAAAAUCUCCUGGAAUUCAAGAACUGAUCAAAGAUUCUAUACAAUCAGUUUUAAAUAAUCCUAAUCAUAUCACAUCCUAUAGAUAUCAAUAUCAAGAGAAAUCUGAAAGUCCAAUCCCUUCUUCGUAAUUACCUUAACUAGAAAGGUACAAUAAUACAAAUGUUUUGAAGUAAAUCCACCAACUUAAAAAGAAGAAGAAUGGCAAUUCUCCAAAAACUACUAAACAAUCUUACAACCUCCAUUAGAAGUUUAAGUAAGGUCGUUAUCUAUAGAUGUUUCCAUAGGUUGAUGGUUAGAAUACCUUGAAUAUAUAAUCAAAGCCUAUCCAUGUGAUAAAGAGGAUUAAAUUGCAGGAAGCAUUUCUAAAUAAUUCUAUGGACUCUAAAGCAGAGAGAGACAUUAUUGAAAAGUUGAAAUUGAAGAUGGAAAUGGACAAACAGAACAGAUUAAAUGAAAUUGAAACAGUAAAGGCCUUGAAAUUAAUAGAGCCUCGCAAAAACUCGUAAUUGCUUAAGACAUCUAGAAAUUCCAAAUAUGAAAAUAUCUCUAAUAUGUCUGGCUUUUCUUUAUCACAAUAGAUGCCUUAAUUGGCAGGUCCUGUUACAUUAUAACCAUUAUAAUAAUAAUUAUAAGGGUAAAAAUAAAAAAUAAAAAAAUAAAAAAAGUUUGAUGGCAUUUACUUUAUUGAUCCAAAAUAUCCCUAAGAUGUUGUAUUCUAAGAAAAAUAUGCUUCAAUGAGACAUUAUUUUAAUAUUUUAAAUCUUUCAAAUUGCAUAUUUGUUUAACCAACAGUAAACAUUUAUAAGGCAUAUGUUGGAAAAGGAAAUAACGGUAUGUUGAUUAGAUAAAUAUUAAAAUCUCGAUGGUGGUGGAGUAUAUAAGAUGAAAUGGAAACCUGUCAUUUUGUAUGGACCCAAUUAAAAGUGAAUUCUAUUCAUGAGAAUAUGAAAUCAUUGAUCCGAAAUCCAAAUGAAUAAAAUACAUGUUAAAGUGCAUCCUCUUCAAUUACGACAAUAGGAUCAUUGGGAUUAAAUAAAUAAGAUGAUUAAAGUGAUAAUGAAUAACAAAUUAAAUAUAAUAAAAUAGAACACUCUCAAUGGAAUAAGUUUUUUUCUCUUAAUGAGAUAAGAUAAUUUAGCCAAAUAUUAAAUGCCAAAGGAAGAUCUUCGAAAUUAUUAACUAUAGAAUAAGCUUCAAAUAUAAAGAUGAAAUUAACGAUAUAUAAUGAGCCAAUAAAAAUGCACAAUCAUUUGGAAAAUAAUUUUCAUUUGGGUAAUAAGAAAGCUUUGUUUUACAACAUGAAGGCUUACUAUGAAUCAUAAAAUAUCAACGUAUUCGACAAUUUGCCAGUCACAUAUCAUAUUAAAAGUUAGGAUGGGCCAGAAUAUUCUUAAUUUUUAGAGGCCUACAAAGAAAGAUAGUAAUUGAUAACUUUUGAAUAGGACAAAAGAAGAAACAUUUGGAUUAUAAAACCAGGAGAAAUUACAAAUAGAGGCAAUGGUAUAAAGAUUUCAGAGGAUUUGAAUGAAAUAUAGUCUAUAUUAAAUUCAAAGGAGAUACACAAAAAUGGAAGCUAUAAGACAUUCAUAGUGUAAUUGUAUAUUGAUCGUCCCUUUCUUUAUAAUAAACGAAAGUUUGAUAUCAGAUGUUACAGUUUAUAUGUUUCUAUAAAUGGAAAUCAAAAGGGGUAUUGGUAUACCGAAGGAUAUGUUAGAACAUCAAGCAAGGAAUUCUCGAUGAAAAAUUUGACAAACAAAAUGAUUCAUCUCACUAAUGAUGCUGUAUAAAAGAAAGGAGAGGAUUAUGGAAAAUAUGAAAAAGGUAACAAAGUGAGUUUUGAAGAGUUUGCUGUGUAUAUUGAGAAUUUAGGAGGGGAUUUCACAAAAAUUAAUUAAAAAAUGAAAUAAAUGGCAACUGAUUAAUUUAGAGCAGUUUAUGGUAAAAUGGACUAGAAUAAAAAGGAGAACACUUUCGAAAUAUUUGGAUUAGAUUUUAUGAUUGAUGAAUCAUUUAAAGUUUUAAUGAUCGAAGCAAAUACUAAUCCAUCCAUUGAAAUUUGCUGUCCGCUUUUGUCAAAGUUGAUUCCUCAAAUGCUAGAUAAUGCGUUCAAAAUAUGUUUAGAUCCAAUAUUUCCACCUCCUAAUUUUUACAAUCCUAAAAAGAUAGUGUGUGAUAAUUAUCUAGAUAAUAAGUUUGAAUUGGUUUUUGAUGAAGUUACUGAUGCACCACUUUUAAAUUAAAGUUAAUAAAAUUUAAAAGAUGAUAUUGGUCUAAUUGAAGAGGAAUCUGAAGAGGAAGAACCUUAAUGA